AUCUGCGAUUCGUUGGGCGAUCCACUCGCCUUGCCUGCCGAGCAGCGGAGACCAGGUUUUCGCAGAUCGAUCAACAUCAGCAAGCAAAGCGAAGCAGACACAACCCUUUGAAAAAACGCGUCCACCCACACCGGGGGAUGAUUUGAGGCGCAGCGUGAUGGGGCUGGUGGGCACGGGAUGAGCAGCCUGCUGGUGUGCCUGGCCCUUCUGCUCGGCGCCUCAGAGGGCAGAAAUGAGCCGUGCGUUGAUAUGCAUGGGCGUCUGGUGGCCCCAGACAUCCACUAUGUACCUGGACCAGACACGUGCACCCUCUGUGUGUGCGACAACGGAGCCCCAAAGCUCUGUAAAGCAGUUCUCUGCUCACCACCCAUGGACUGCAAGUCAUUCAGGCUUGGUGCCUCUUGCUGUGACUUCAUUUGCCUGGACGACACUCUAAACAAGAACGAUGUGAUGCAUGAUGAUCUUGGCAUGCGCCUGGUGGCCUGUGUCAUUAUGAUCAUCCUCUCCGUCUCGCUGCUUUUCUUCUUGGUGCACAGGCUGCGGAAAAGAAAAAUUAGAGGGCGGCAAAAUCGGCAGCUGACCGAGGAGGACCACUCGAUGGCCAGUAUUGGCUACAUCGCUGGCAGCAUUGGUUAUCUCCCAGGCUCAAUGGGCUACAUGCAAGAUUCUAUCGACUGCCCCUACGACGCCGAUCCUCGAGUCAACUUUGCUCUUUGGAAGCCACCAGAGAGUUACUUCCCAAGAGGAGAAGCUCCUCCGCCGUACGAGGAGGCCGUGGCCGCUGCGCAGGCAGAAGCGGCCGCUCCUGCCCGCAUGGCCAUUGCAAAUAACAACAGACCUCCCCAAGUGGUGGACAUGCUUACAGUUGCCCUUCCGACUGCAGGGCAAAACCCCGAGCCUGAAAAUCAACAGGCUAUCAGUUCCGAUGCGUUCUACGAAGAUGUCCAAGUGGCGACAGGCUCGUCAGUCGUUGAAUAUGUCAAUGUGGAGCAAACCAGAGACAUGAUGGCCGCCGCCCUGGAGAGCAACUUGGCGGCAAUGAACGCCCUGAACCGCAGCACAUGCAGCUGCCCGGAUGAAAACGACGACUACCGCAGCGAGUGCGAAAACUGCAAAAGCGCUCACGAAUUGGACCAGGAGCCGGCGCCUCUGCCACCCCAGGAGACGAUGACCCUGCAAAGGCGGCCACACAGCGUGACGCCCAACACAGCUAAUGGCUAUCGAACAAGCCUCACACUGCCCACUAGGAGGUCAAGGUCAGGUUUGCUGACUGAUUCACCACCAUUCAGUGUGCAUUUGCCGCCGCCUCCAAACUGGUCCGACUCAAGCAGCUCCAGUCGGUCGCAGAGUCCAGAUCACUCCGAGCUGAACAGAACUUCGAGCACAGGUCUCGACGAGGCCAGCACCCACAUGUGAAAACCACUUUUUCGCAAGUCAUGUUAAUAUUAACCGCAGGGUGGACCAUUUAAUUGCAUAAUUAAUUACACAUUCAAACACACUUCUGAACCACCUGAUAGUCAUUAAAUUUAGGGUCUACACACAAACAUGAAAAAAUUUAUUAUAUUACUCUGUACGGCAAUACCGCGGUGGUUUCCGACGCUAAAUUGAAAAGGUGGUCAAAGGGUGUGACCCUUUCAGGGACAACCAACAUCAGCCGUGUGAAAAAACAAUUUAGUACUACAUAUAUUAUCUUCGAAUGUUGGCUCACAAAUGCUCACUUUUACAAUUACAAAAUUCUUUUUAUACUGUGACAAAGGUGAAACAAAACAGGAUUGGCAGGAUAAUGAUAGAAACGCGCUCUUUAUUGUCUUCACCCAAUAAUCUAUUUAUCUUGACUAUCUCUUCUCUCCAUGGCGACAAAACCCCCAACCAAACCGGCAGCAAUGAAUUAAAGCUUGAUAUUAACAAUUAGUGCAAAUUCACAUUCCUUUCCCACUUAACUAAGUAAGGUUUGAUGUUUUCAUAAAUUAGCUGCAGAAAAAUAUGUAAUGAUAAAGAAAAACUUUAGCGGGCGAUUCAAAAGGCUCGAAAGGAACAAUUAGUGCCAUCUUUAAAAAUAAAAAUCAAAAGUUUGGCUUGUACCGAGUACGUUUCAGUUCAUCCCUUUACAUUUCCAGGAGAUCUGAUUGAUUUGUCACUCGGAAAGUGGAAAACUUUUAAUUGGCCUUUGAAUUAGGCUGAACACUAUUGUGCUGGACAGCCUUUUGAAUGGCCCCAAUUACCAUUAUUGAAAUGAUGAUGCAAUGAUAUACGUACACUGUGGUUUAAAAUUAGGCUUGAUUGUUGUUUUCAGAGCCUAAACCAUAUAUUUCACAACAUUACAUAAAUUUAAAUAAUUGACGGGAAAGUACACGGUUGCUGAUCUUGGGAAUCUGCCUUCUUUAAAAGAUACACAAAUAAUCAAAAAUGAAUAAUGUGAUCUCUCGGUCGCGUUUUAAAUAAAAAAUCAUAUAUAAUCUGCACAACGACAAGGGGGCAGAUUGACCCGACCAUAGAAAGGAGUUGGGCACUUUUGAUGCGAGUAAGACUGAUCCGAAUCAGCUAAUAUGUGAAACAAUAAGCAAAAGAAUUUAUUGACGUUUGAUGAAAUUGAAAAUGUAAUUGAUUGAUGCAUGCGUGUACGGCUUGUCACGCACCUAUGGUGAUUUUGAUCGUUUACACAUAGAGUGGCUUUUACGAAGCAAGGCAAGAAACGAAUUUAUGCGUUUGCGAUAAAUUCUUUUUCUUAAAUAAAUUAAUAGCAAAAACUG